ACCAAAUUAGGGUUCCUCUGUUUUUUCUAAUAGGCGGCCUCUCUCUCCCAGCAUUAAACAACCAAUCCCCGUCUCUGGACUCUAGCAGCACUUUCUCUCCGCCAAAAUGGGUAAGACUCGUGGAAUGGGAGCUGGUCGUAAGCUGAAGUCCCAUCGCAGAAGGCAAAGGUGGGCUGACAAGUCAUACAAGAAAUCCAACCUUGGAAAUGAGUGGAAGAAACCAUUUGCUGGGUCUUCCCACGCUAAGGGGAUUGUUCUUGAAAAAAUCGGCAUUGAGGCGAAGCAGCCAAACUCUGCUAUUCGAAAAUGUGCUCGUGUUCAGUUGAUCAAGAAUGGGAAAAAGAUUGCUGCCUUUGUACCCAAUGAUGGUUGCUUAAACUACAUUGAGGAAAAUGAUGAGGUUUUGAUUGCUGGAUUUGGACGAAAGGGCCACGCAGUGGGAGAUAUUCCUGGAGUCAGGUUCAAGGUGGUGAAGGUGUCUGGUGUAUCCCUUCUUGCUCUGUUUAAAGAGAAGAAGGAAAAGCCAAGGUCUUAGUUUUACUGGGAGAGAUUUUCCUUGAUCCAAUCUCUUCCCUAUCUUACCCUUUCAUCUAUAGUAGUAGUCUUUAUCAUGUACGGCAGAAUUUUGCAAAUGACUUCGAACAUGACUGUUUGUCUUGAGAAAACAAAAUUUUCGACCAUAGUGGUGUUUGAACGACAUUUUUUUCUUCA